ACAGAGUAGAAAGAGUCCUCGUUUUCGUCUCUUCCUAAUUGUAAAAAUCAGAAUUCAAUUUGUACUUCGCCUCAUGGUCGAAUUUGUGAAAAAUACCACGACCGGAGAUUCGACUCGUCAACCGCCGGCGGGAACCGUAGCGACCGCAGCGAGAUUCGUUUGGUCGGAAUUACAACGACUUCGAAACGAAUCGUCUCUCUCGCAAAUUUAUCAGCAGCGAAUCGCUUCUCUCGAUGAGUUCAGAUUGGCUCUGGGGAGUCAACUAGCAACGAUGACCGAGGCAAAAAUAGCUCUCGAGAAUACGAUCGUCGCGAUUCGGCAAGAAACUAAAGACUUUAACGACGUUGAAAGUAAUCAGAUGUCGCGUCAAUGUCCUCGUUCGCUAUCUCGAGAAGUUGGAGAAAUAGUCGAGGCGGCGGUAAUGAUCGUUAUAGCGUAAGUGUUUCGUCGGUUUAUAGCAAAAUGUCGUACAGCGCCACCUGUUUGUCUGUGCGUGUAUAGAAAAAUGAAAAUAAAAUGGACGUCGUCGCGAGUGAUCAACGAA